CAGAAAACAUCAACUCAUCAAAAACAGUCAAUGAACUUCAUAUCUAGAAAAUGUGCAUUUAUGAUACUUUUAUUGUUUAUGGUGAAAAUAUGAAUCUUGUUAGCGUGCCUCAUGCUUCCAAUAAUACCCACUUCUCACUCAACUUCACUCUAGAAUUAAAAUCAAACUUAACGUUCCAUUUUCUUGGUGUUCAACUCCAAAGAAAAUGUCAUAAUUCACGUCGUAAAUCUAUUUGCAGAAAGCCUACAUGGAACAGACAGUUUGUCAACUUCCACAUUUCGGUCUUUCUAAGUAAGAAGAUCUUUCUUAUCCAACCACUUUUCUCGAGGGUCAGGACACUGUUGACGAAGAACCGCAAAGUCUUCGAAAAACUGGUGGAAAGUGGUUUCCCUCUUAGCUUCACAGAUAAAGAUGUAAAACCAAAAAACAGAGUUGAAUAAAUACAUUUAGCGUCAAAAAAGAUUUUUUAGCUGUAUCUUGAACUCAAAAUUGACUUUGCUUUAGACCCCCAAAAAAGACUAUCAAAUUCUUUAAGCAGAAUGUACC